AUGAUUAAUGUCAGUAUUAACAUUAAACACACAGUGUCGUCACAAAUUGAGGAUGAACAUAUCGUUGGAAAUGCGUACAAUCAAAAGAUACAAGUUAAAUUAGAUUCAUACGCAUCAAAACUAAAAAAUCCUAAAAUCGAUCAUCAAAGGCAACAACCACCUUCGAUCAUACCACCAAAAACGGAUGAUCAGGUAAUUUAGUUUUAAUAUUUUUUCGAUCUUUCAAAGUACUAUGAACCAUUGAGGAUGAACAUAUCGUUGGAAAAGCGUACAAUCAAGAGCUUCAAGUUAAAUCAGAUACAUACGCAUCAAAACUAAAAAAUCCUAAAAUCGAUCAUCAAAAACAACAACCACCUUCGAUCAUACCACCAAAAACGGAUGAUCAGGUAAUUUAGUUUUAAUAUUUUUUCGAUCUUUCUUUUAAUAUUUUUUCGAUCUUUCAAAGUACUAUGAACCAGUAACAUUUGCGUUGGCUUUUUUUAUAUUCAAUAUGAAUAUGUAAUUUUAUUUUUUUUUUCUGUUUUAUGUCUUUCGUUAAUAAUAUUAUUUUCGAUUUUCGAACAUACUCAUAGAUUUCUAACGACCACGAGGUUAAUGCUCACGAGACAAAAUCCGAUGAAAACAAAACCUUCGUCGGUGAUUCCCAAGGCUUACAAGAAAACCCGAUGGACAUUUCCG